GUCUCGCAUUUGUUCCUCAUGCUGCGUCCGGCCACCUCCCGCGGCGGCCGCUGCUGAGGCGCUCGCUGGGACUGAAGGGACGACGAGGAGGCGACGGCGGUGGCGGGCGCGGCCGCGGCGCGGGGUCCAGGCGGGACUAUGGGAAACGGGAUGUGCUCCCGAAAACAGAAGCGGAUCUUCCAGACGCUGCUCCUGCUGACCGUGGUGUUCGGCUUUCUCUACGGCGCGAUGCUCUACUAUGAGCUGCAGACGCAGCUGCGUAAAGCCGAGGCGGUGGCGCUCAAGUACCAGCAGCACCAGGAGUCCCUCUCAGCCCAGUUACAAGUUGUAUACGAACACAGAUCGAGAUUAGAGAAAUCCCUGCAAAAGGAAAGACUUGAACAUAAGAAAGCAAAGGAAGAUUUCCUUGUUUAUAAGUUAGAAGCACAGGAAACACUAAAUAAAGGAAGACAAGAUUCCAACAGCAGAUAUAGUGCAUUGAAUGUCCAACAUCAGAUGUUGAAAAGUCAACAUGAGGAGCUAAAGAAACAGCACAGUGACUUGGAAGAGGAGCAUCGCAAACAAGGGGAAGACUUCAGUAGAACAUUUAAUGACCAUAAGCAGAAAUACCUGCAGCUUCAGCAAGAGAAAGAACAAGAACUUUCUAAGCUAAAAGAAACUGUGUAUAAUUUGAGAGAAGAGAAUAGACAACUAAGGAAAGCACACCAAGACAUGCAUACACAGCUUCAAGAUGUGAAGCAACAACAUAAGAAUUUACUCUCCGAGCAUGAACAACUUGUAGUGACUCUGGAAGACCACAAGAGUGCACUAGCUGCUGCACAGACUCAAGUUGCAGAAUAUAAACAACUGAAAGACACUCUGAAUAGGAUUCCAAGCUUUCGAAAACCUGAACGAGCACAGGAGCAAACUGUUCCCCCAGCAGCAGCACAUUCUCCGCAAGGUUAUAGCACAAAAGAGAAACUGACCGAAGAGCAACAGCAACAGGAGGUGUCUCGAAAUAUUGAUGAGGGGCAGAAGCAUGAAGCAGUUCCUGGAAGAACAGAAGACACGCAGCCUUAUCCUCCUACACAGAAGGGGCCAGAAAUUCAGGCUCCAGCAGAGCUGAACCAACAAGAAGCAGAACCCAGAGAACCUGAGGAGCGUCAAGUGGAGGAGGAGCAUAGAAAGGCGCUUGAAGAAGAGGAAAUGGAGCAGGUCGGGCAGGCGGAACAUCUGGAGGAGGAACACGAUCCAUCGCCGGAGGAGCAGGAUCAGGAGUGGAAGGAACAGCAGGAACAAAAAGAAGAAGCCAACCGUCUAGAAGGGCAUGCUCAUGCUGAGGUGUAUCCUUCCGCCAAACCAGUUACCAAAUUGCAAUCACCAUUUGAGGAGCAGUUAGAACAGCAGAGACUGGCAGCCAGGCAGGCGGAGGAGGCCCAGCGGCUGAGAGAACGGCAGGAAGCUUUGCACCAGCAGAGGCUGCAGGGACACCUGUUAUGGCAGCGCCAGCAGCAGCAGCAGCAGCAGAAUCAGCAGCAGCAGAAUCAGCAGCAGCAGCAGCAGCUUCGGGAGAGAGAGCUGUCCCGGCAGAGGCAGGCCAAGCGUGAGGAGGGCCAGCAGCAGCGCCAGGAGCGGUUACGGCAACAAGCUCACUAUGAUGCUAUGGAUAAUGAUAUUGUUCAGGGAGCAGAGGACCAGGGCAUCCAAGAAGAGGAAGGAGGUGCCUAUGAAAGAGACAACCAGCACCAAGGUGAAGCAGAAGAAGACACAGAUAAUGGACAUGAACCUCGAGAACAAAGGCCUCGAGAAGAUAACCCAGAAUCUGAGGCAGAUAGAGCAGCUGUAGAGGAUAUAAACCCAGCAGACGACCCUAAUAAUCAAGGUGAAGAUGAAUUUGAGGAGGCGGAGCAAGUGAGAGAAGAAAACGUGCCAGAUGAAAAUGAGGAGCAAAAACAAAGUAAUCAAAAGCCAGAGAAUGCAGAGAUGGAGGAGCAUUUGGUGAUGGCAGGAAAUCCUGACCAGCAGGAAGAUAAUGUUGAUGAACAGUACCAGGAAGAGGGAGAAGAAGAGAUUCAGGAAGAUUUGACUGAAGAGAAAAAAAGGGGAUUGGAGCAUAAUGCUGAAGAGACCUAUGGUGAAAAUAAGGAAAAUGUAUGGGUUGAUGAUAAAAACAAUGAUGGAGAAGAGCGAGACAUUCGAGAGGACAACCGCCCCAAAGGCCGAGAGGAACACUAUGAGGAGGAGGACGAGGAGGAAGAAGAUGGGGCUGCUGUUGGUGAGAAAUCACAUCGAAGAGCUGAAAUGUAGUUGUGCUCAAUCCCACAGACAAUGCUCAGCCAAGGGGUUCUUCUCAAGCUGCUCAAAACUAAAUCUGCCUACUGAACUCUAGAAUAUUUAAUUACAGAAAAGAAGAAUUUAGACUUUUUUAACUUUUGUAUUAGAAAUACUCAUACAUUUAUAUGAAUAUAUUUUGAUAACCUAGGUUAGAGCUUCUUUUAUAUUCAAGCUAAACAUGCAGAAGAAAAACAAUAAAGCAAACCUUAGGCUCUGAAUCUCAUUUUUCAAAGAUUAUGAGAUGUUGGAAAGAACAUCAAUUUUGUAUAUGUUUCAGAUUGUUACCUUUCUAUCUGGUAGUUUCCCAGUGUUCUGUUUGACUUUGAUAAAGUGCAGGAUAUAAAAGCAGUGAAACUGAAAGAUGCUGUGCAAACUUUAAGGAGAAAGGUCUAUUUACUAAUUGCUUACUUUUCCAGGUUCUGACAGAAUUUUCACCUGUGUUUGUAUCUGUAGAACGAGGUCCACAUGCAGAGUGGCAUACAGUUGGAAAGGCAUUUUUUGAAUUUUUUGGCAGAGUGAAGACAUUGUUUUUCUGAUUUUUUCAGAUCAGUUACAAAAAUGUUAGCGAUUACUUAAAAUCAUAUAUGUUCUACUUGAGAGGAAUGAAUUUAAAAGUGAAAUAGUACUAAAAUUCAUUUGGCCGUAUCCUGGAAGAUUAGAUAUUUCAGUGUUCAAACAAGGUGAAACACAUCAGAGUAUUAACCUUUUUGAAGGACUGACAUGUUGUUUAAAAACUAACUUAGUGUGUAUGGGUGGUGUUUUCUACGUGAGAACCCACUCUCAGUGUAAAAGUCAUUCAGUGAUCUCCUUAUUUCAGUAUUUAGUUAUCUACGAUAAUAUAUACUUCCCCUUUAAGCUCUGUACCUCAACACAUAAUCAGUUUGAUGAUGAGUAUGAAUAUGAAGGCAUACCAAACUGCGUAAUAGGAUUAUUUUUUGAAACCAUACAAGAUACACACGAUGGUAUGAUAUAACCUUAUGACUUUUGUAUUUGCUGGGAUUGGGUCUGCUUUUUGCCUGUGCAUAAGCAUUUUAAUGAUUAUGAAUUAUAAUAAAUUCCUACAAUAAAAAAUUAAAAACCCAAAAUUCCCCUUGAAUAGAGAGAUCUCAGUCAUAACCAUAAAGCUUUUUAAAUAUAUGAGAACAAAGUAAUAUAAUUCAUAUGGAUGUGGUUUUGUAAUCACAUUCAAAUUAAUAAAGUCAAAUUUGUUUCUCCCCUUAUUGUAUGAAUGCAAUUUCACAUUUUAAUAACCACAUUCAUGUAUGGUUUUGAUUAUCCCAGUUGAGUGAUUGUGUGUGUAUGCAUAGGAAUGUUUUGUUCAAGUGUAGUUUGGCUUUUCAAUAAUCAUAAAUCAAAUCUUACCUUUAUGUAUAAAAACCCUUUAUGUAAUGUAAAAUGUAUAAUAUUGUACAUAAUAUUCAGAAUACAAUUAUUUUGGUAAAUUACUUUGUAUUUUUAAAGUCCCAGUUGCAGUAUUUAAUUAUUUGAAAUAUAUUGAAACUUGAUAAUAGCCAAUAAAGCCCUAAAAAGCAAGUGGUAAAUCUUUUUAAAAUAUGCAACUUCUUAUUGGUUUCUGAUCUUAAAACAUUCUUUAGUUCUUUUUAAUAAAAAGAAUAAUUGUAAAAGGUACUAAUACAUACUAAUGAAUUAUAAAAUAACUUUCCCAGCCUGCUCCUGCUUUCUUUGUCUCCUCUGUUGGAUUGGCACAUACCCCCACUCCCCUUUCCUAAAGAAAGCUGAGAAAUUUUAUUUGAGCUAGUUCUGGGGGAAGAGAAAAGAAACAGGUGUAGAAAAUGUAAGAGUAUCAUGUGUGCAUACACGUUGUUGUUAGUUGCUGUUGGGUCAUUUCUGACUCAUGGCGCCGUGUGUGUGGAGUAGAACUGCUCCAUAGGAUUUUCCUGGCUGUAAUCUGAAGGGAGGCAGAUC